AUGAACGUCCUCCGGUCUAUGUUUGGUGUCUGCAGCAGUUCAGCUGAGAAAGGCGAGGUCCAUGAUACCAUCAGAAGAGUAUUUGGCAAUGACAUGGUGAUGAAGGAUAAUGCUGAUCGGCAUUCUCAAAGGAGUAAGUACGUGAGUCACAUUCGUGAGAACCUGCCUAAGAUGCUGGAUGCCAAGGCCGUGACCCAUAAGACGAAGGCCAAGAAACAUGCCCCGCCGGUUUCAGAAACUACUGAAUCAACUGACGACAGAUAUGGGAGGAUAGGACCGAAAAUCGUUGUCUUCGAUGCUUCAACAGGUACAGGGCGCCUAGUCCUGGUAGGUGAUGAGAGAGUCAGUGUCCAGGGUCUGUCCAGCUUCGCUACCAUCAGAGCAACGGCAUGUGUCUACGGAGGGAAGUGGAUGUAUGAAGUGCAACUUGGAACUAAGGGAAUCAUGCAGAUUGGCUGGUGCACAGCCUCCUGCAUCUUCUCGAUGGACACUGGAGUAGGAGACACCGCUCACUCCUACGCCUAUGAUGGAGGAAGAGUGAGGAAGUGGAACGUAGCCACCUCGCCUUACGGACAAGUCUGGUUGCCUGGUGACGUCAUUGGCUCCUGUAUCGACCUGGACAGAGGGACUUUGGAGUUUUAUAGGAAUGGUACCUCAAUGGGCGUGGCGUUCGAGAAGGUCACACAUGGAUCCGGCCUUGCAUACUUCCCGGCUGUGUCGCUGGCAAUGCAAGAACACUUGUAUGCCAAUUUUGGACACGUGCCAUUUGUUUUUCCAGUGGAAGGUUACGCAGCUUUGCAAGCUCCUCCCUACAGGGAGUGCGCACGCGCCGUAUUGCUAUUCAAGUCGCUGGAAGCAUUGCUUGAUGAACUGGCACGACCCUCGGAGAUGAAGACUUCUCUCACGGCUAAGAGUAGCAAGGCUAAAUCUGAGACUUUUAAGCCUGAGGAGGAGGUGACCUUGAGGAUUCACAGCUCAGGGUCCGUUUACACUCCACCGCCGUCACCACACACGUUAGUUGAUCCACAGAACACUGAGGUCAAGAAGAUGUCCAAAAAAGCGUUCCUAAUGUCGCUAUCAAGGUUGGUGGUGGUGGAACUGGGCAACACUCUCCGUCUGUCGUACGUUGUGGUGUCGGAACUGCUGCCCCGAUUUCGAGGGCUCAUUGGCUUGAAAACCAGGAGUAUGCUUGUGGAUCAACACGCCGCUGAAUUCUACAUGAAGUGUCGGGAUGAAAAUUUCACGGGUCUUGCGGCAAAACUGCUGUCACAACCAAACCCUCGUCUUUGUACUAUGCUGGACCUGCUCUGGACCUUCCUAGAUGAAUCUGCUUUAUGUGACGUUCUAGAACAUUGCGUGGUCCGAGAGUGUCUGCUGUUUGAUCUGGUAUCUCAGGCAAACGAGCAGACGGAUCACCUGAUGGACAUGCACUUCAGCCAGCAAAUUGAGGGUGUUUACGUGCUGUGUGGUCUGAUGCAGCACAGAGAGACCAGGCAUCACCUUGUUAAAUACGUCUUCUUCAAUAAGAUCACAUUCGACAAUUUCCUAAACGUGAAAUGUCCAGACGACACCGUACUUCGGACAGUCAUCAGGAAACCCUGGUGGCAACGACCGACCUCUGUCCAAGGAGAAACUGACCCCAGGAUAGCUGAAAUGACUGAAAAAGGUACUAUAAAGAAGUUGCCUUGCAGUCCAACCGGGACGGACAAGAUUCCGAAAUCGGUAUCGAUAGCCCAAGAUGAUGCCGCAUUGGAAGCUCAGUAUCGGGAAGACUGCAACAAGAUCACCAAAGCCGUCGCACCGUUGGAACAAAUACAGUUAGAAUUUCUGCUUCUACUCUUGGACAACACUGAUGGAACAAAUAUGGUGCCGUCGACCAGGAAAAUAUUUCUGGAGAAGUUCCGAAGGUACAUUAUGGACAACUGCAUUUUGGAUAUGAUCAGAUGGAUGCCAGGUCUGUUUGAACAUUUGUCAUGUUGUCAAAAGUCGAAUUCCAUGAUAAAAGUUUCAGGACAUCAUAUUUCAGAGGCUGUUCAAUAUAUCGAGGAAUUCGCCGGCGAUAUCGUGGUGCUGCCACUCCAGGCUACUCACUGCUGUCUUGAGGCUGUGGAACGAGAACCCUAUUGCUGUUCGAUUCCUCACAUCCCAGCCAAAACAUUUAUUGAUGGAGAGUUGGACUUCUACAAUGUGGACCGCCUAGGUGGAGUCCUGCCCUUUUUAGUUCGAACAUUAAGGCAAGACCUCGUCGGAGUCUUGGGCGAGGAUAACGCCUUCAUACAAAGCUUCGAACCCAACUACAAUCGAGCUGGCGGGAUUGAUACAGGUGUUAGUGACAUGGCUGCAGGGUCUCCAGGGUUGGCGACCCUCCCCCAAGUCAUAUCAUCAAUGGCCAGGUUUAUGCAUCCUCCCCUGCCACCAGUACCAAAUAGGAGUACAGGAGAAACGGCCUUAGCUAUCAAAGGAACUCGGUCUAUGAUGCCUGGAGCUGGGUCUAUUGACAUUAGGUCAGCAUAUCUUCGACUGGUAGACGGACUCCUUGCUUUAUACCACGGAGCCGCUAUCAAACAUGCUGAGAAGUUAUGUGAGUUAAGAGACAACCAGUUGGACAUGGCAGACUGUCUCCAUGAUAUUGAGCACCGAAUAUACACCGUCACUGCAGAGUUGAAUGCUGAUGGUGGCGAGAAUAUAUCUGAACAGGAUAAGAUAAAGAGACAACUCAUGGAAGGCAUGCUGAAGGAAUUGGAGAGGUCCAAGUCCGUAUAUGAGUAUGCACAAGUAGCAAGUAAAGAGAUACUUCCAGGCAAGAGUUCCUUACUGGGAGGCACCAGCUAUGCGUCUCUACAGCUAGAGUACACAUCCAGCUCCGAUCAGAGUCCUCAAAGUCCAACAUCGAGGGCCGCUACACCAUGUACAGGAUCGAACUCACAAAUGGAGACGUCGAAUCGUGGUCAAGAAUUUGCAGAGUCACUAUUUGCCUUCGUGCCUGAAUACCACGUGGAUGCCAUGCUGGAGCUCUGCAACACCUUGAGGCUGUACAUGCAUCCCACGAUACCAGUCCAGCAGAUACCAGAAUGGGAGGAGCUUGUGGUGUCUUGUGCCGCGUUCCUAUGUGCCGAGUUUGCAGACCAGCGCAUCGUUUUGGCCAGUACCAGAGAAUCCUUGGUCCAAACACUAGCCUCGUUUGCUACACAACCAGCUACUAUGAGAGCUAUCGAACGAGUGCCUAUAAAACAACAAAUGUGUAUGGUGGAGGAGUUGGUGCGUCCGUACCAGAACCGUGCGUGGGCGCAGUCCAACUGGGUGCUUGUACGAUUUUGGCACGGCUCAGGGUUUGGUUUUCGACAUCGACAGUGGCCCCAUUUAGCAGCCAGGUACGGUGACAGAGAACCAACAGUCAACAACCUCGGAGCCAAAGUGGAUGCAGGACUAAUGAGCCAGUGUUUCGGUCCCUGUCCGUCAGAGGUGAUUCAGACUCGGAUAAAGGAAUACCUCUCUAGUCACCCAACCGCUGCAGCCGCCUACCUGAACUCGUUGCUCAGUCAGCUUAACUGGGCAUUUUCAGAGUUCAUCACUAUGAUGCAAGAGAUGGACCGUGUUAGCGUAGACGCACAUCUAGAAUCCAGACAUAUAAAACUAUGUGCAACGUGUUUCGAUUUGUACCACGGGCUAGCCAGAGCACUGGAGAUGACGCUUCACCUCGCCCCCUUACUGCUAAGCAAACCAGAGGCUUGUGACAACCAGAAUGAAUUAUUACUCGGUAGAACAUGCCAGCAUUUAGAUCGGGUGACGAAAGCGUUGGUAAUGGAACCGCUGUUCAGAAUGGAUGGCCUCGAUCUUAUGUUAGGCAAAUCCAAAGAAAGUAAAAUAUUUUCAUUUUACAAAUAUCCAGAUGAUGUGACAACAGACGAGUUAAAAGCUUUAGAAAUAGUAGCAGACAGACUUCGUGUAGCAAGGGAUGCAGUCGUCAGGACGAAGUCCCCGGGUUCCAGCGGGGCGCAGUCCGAUCUUUUGUGUACCAUCUGCUACGCUAGACCUGCGGAUACGGCCUUUGUGCCAUGCGGACAUCAUUCUUGCAGAGCUUGUAUAAUGCAGCACCUUCUGAACAGUAAACAGUGCUUCUUCUGCAAGGCAGACAUUGAAACUGUCCGCGAAAUAGAACCCGCCAACAAUUGA